AAAAUAAAUCGUCGUGUGCCAAGUGACAAGAGAUGAAGAUCAAGAUUGAGAUCGCGCGGAUGCGCCAGAGACACAAAAGAAAUUUUUUGUUUGUUUCAGUGAAUUUUCAAACGUCGAACGUUACGCAAACAGGCGGAGAGAAGAUAUCGGUGUUCAGCUAGGGCCAGGAUUGGGAUCAGGAGAUGACAACGCCAACGAAGUGUGCCUACUGCCAGGCACAUGCCACACAGCUGUGCGCGGCCUGCCGCAACGUGGUCUACUGCAGCCGGGAGCAUCAGAAGGAGCAUUGGAAGCGAGGCCACAAAUCGGAGUGCAAGUGCUACGAGCUGGCCAGCAAUGAGCUGCUGGGCAGGCAUCUGCGUGCCACGCGCGACAUCAGGAUGGGCGAGCUGAUCAUGCGCGAGGCGCCGCUGGUGCUGGGCCCAAAGGUGGCCUCGAUGCCCAUCUGCCUGGGCUGCCACAGGAAUCUGUUGCCGCCGCAGAAGCCGGCCCGCAACUACUACAAAUGCAGCGCCUGCAGCUGGCCGCUGUGCGGGCCGGAGUGCGAGAAGUCCGCAUUCCAUGUGGACGAAUGUCGUUUGAUGGCGGCCAGCAAGUUUCAGUCGAAGAUCAACUACAAUCCGGGGCAGCCGGUGGGCAAGGAGUCGGCGUAUUGUGUGAUCAUGCUGCUGCGCUGCAUGCAACUGAAGCAGUCGAAGCCAGCGGCAUUCGCCCGCCUGUGCGAGCUCGAGGAUCACCUGAAGGAGCGUCUGGAGACGCCGCUGUAUCAGGUGCUGCGCGCCAAUCUAAUCUCCUUCAUCAAGACGGUGCUGGGGCUGCGCGAGUGGCCGGACCUGGACAUCCUGCGCAUCGCUGCCAUACUGGACACGAACGCCUUCGAGGUGCGGCAGGCGGGCGAUCGCAUCAAGGUGCGCGGCCUGUUCCCAGGUGGCGCCAUGUUCUCGCACGACUGUGUGCCCAAUAUGCGGCAUCGCUUCGACGACGACAUGAACAUCGUGUUCCUGGCCAAACGCCCGAUUGCCAAGGGCGAAAUCCUCAGCAUCUCCUACACGCAACAGCUGCGCAGCACCAUCCAAAGGCGGCUGCACCUGAAGCAGGUGAAGUGCUUUGAGUGCGCCUGUGCGCGCUGUGCAGAUCCCACCGAGCUGGGCACCUAUGCAGGCGCACAUAUGUGUGCCAAGUGUAAAGUGGGAAAGUUCAUCUCAAUGGAUCCACUGCAAAAUGCCGCCAACUGGCGGUGCGAGGUUUGCAAUGUGAUAAGAUCCGCGAAGGAAUACUUGAUAAACGAUGCGAAAAUAGAGGCAGAGCUGGAAUCGCUGGACAAGACAACGCCGCAGAGCUUCGAGGAUUUCCUCUAUCGCCAUCGCGUGGAGCUGCAUGAGACGAAUACGCAUAUUCUGCAAGCGAAAUAUGCCCUGACGCAGAUCUAUGGCAAUGUAAAAGGCUUUGGCAUGGACGAGCUCAGUGACGCCUCGCUCAAGCGGAAAGUGGAGCUCUGCGAGGAGCUAUUGGAGAUUUCGAAUCUGUUUGAUAGCGGCUGGAGCAUCUUUCGAGGUAACUUGCUGAUUGCCCUGGAGGAGGCGACUGUGGCGCAGGCUAUGCGCUUGGAUGAGGCCAGUGAAUGCGAGGCGAAGCUGAAGAAAGCCGCCGAAAUUUUGGAGGAAAUCACAAAUAUUAUGAAACACGAGCCGGAGAUGCAACAGUUGCUAACAGAAAGAAAACAAAUAUUAGAUGCGGCACUGGAGCGAUUUACAAACAAUGCUUAACAACUGUAAAACUUUAUUCAUCAUUCAACGUGUUAAUAAAAUAUCAUUUUCAACUAUU